AUGGCGCUAGCAUUGGAGUGUCAGGGGAACGACAAAAGUUUUUACACCUACUGCAACAAGAAAACGAGUCAAUUGCGUCAUGGGAGACGAGGAUACGAAAUCAAGCGGCACCCACACCCUCAGCGGAAACACCACGGCUAACUCAGUGAUCAAAGCAAUGAAGCAACAGUUUGCUCGCCAUGGGAUCCCAGAUGAGUUGAUAACAGACAAUGACCUGGAAUUCGAAAGUCACGAAUACACAAGAUUCACUCAAGAAUAUGGUUUCACCAUAGUCAAAUCAGCUUACUACAGCCGGGUAAAUGGGAAAACAGAGUACAGAAACACGCCUCAACAGGGUAACAACUACUUACCAGCUCAGCCUCUCAUGUCAAGAAGACUCAAAGACAUCAUCCCUACAGCAGACCACCAACUCACCCCUCAGGUAGCGUCACCAAGUCUGGUGUAUGAAAACAGAAGACAGAAGACGAAGAUCAAUGCCUCAGUACAACAAGAGGGUCUCACAGCCCCUCAAAGAGUUUUCACAAGGGGAAAAUGUGUUUGUUAA